AAUAACUCAACAUAUCAAAAAGCAAUCCCACAGAAGACCCCUUUCCAAGAAAUGGCCAUCACCAGAGCAAAUCUACCACCUCUCCUACGCGCCGCCACCGCACUCCACCCUCCCCACAUCCCCCACCAGAACUCUCCGACGUCCUUUCUCCGCUCUCACCCUUCCAACAUCCUUAUUUCAAACCCCCACUUGUUCUCCACUUUCCUCUCCCGCCGCGUCCGUCCACGCGCCGCCGCGUAUCCGAACCCACAAAACCUCCCAACCAUAUCCAACCCUUUAAACCUCAGCAUUACAGAUCACCACUUGCUCUCCCGGAGCGUGCACACAAACGCCACCGCUCUUCACAACCGUCGAAGAACUUUGGCUUGCGCACCAACUUUCGGUUGCAUUGCAGCAGCAGGAGGGAUAACACUCUUGUUCAAAAAUCGAGAAAAACCAAGAAUGUUGGCAACCGAAACUGAUCAUCUGGAGUUGAGGUUUCAUGGCUUACUAGAUAUGUACCGUGAGGGACACGGCGUAGUCGUUGAGGUUCUGGUUCGACCUAUUGAGGAGAACAAAAUUAGUAAUGCAGCUGCUAAAAAUGUUGGAGCCAAAAUUCCUCUGGAGUUGUAUAUCUCAGCUACUGAGGUGUUAGUUAAGCAACAUCCUGUUCUCACCGCCAUGCAAAGGAAUUACACAAUUCUUGCAGCGAAACAGAUAUAUUCCAAGGACAAUGAUAAAAUUCUUGCAAAAACUAAAUGCGGCGAAAUCAAAAUCUCAACCCCUGCCGAUGAUUUGUCCAAUUCAGAGUCUAAAAUAACUGUGUUCAAUUUAGACUCAAAAUUUGAAUCCAGAACCAUUCAACUUGUUUUAUUUACAUUCGAUAAAUUCCAAGACUUGCCAAAGUUGUUGGGAGAAGGACACUCAGUUUUUGUUAAGGGUUUUCUAAACCUAUCUUUGAAUUCGAUUAAGUCUGACGAGAUUAACACAGUUAGGUCAGACGAUAAUUGGCAUAGAAUUGUGAAAGGCAAAACUGAAAAAAUGGAAUAUCUCUUCUUAGCUGAGGCGAUAACAAAGGACGAUGAGAGGUAUAUGCCACGGGAAGGUGUUGCUGCUGCAGUUGGGCGGAAUACUGAGGAAUAAGAGAAAGGUCGUGGCAGAGAAGAAUGUGUAUCAAAUGUAUGUUUUAACAAACUUUGAUAAUGGUACAUGCCCAGAAUCUUUGCAGUUAUUGUAUGCCUAUUCUUUAAUAUUUGGUCUACGCACAAAGAAUUCCCAGCUUGAUUGUACUCGAAAAGAUUUCUCAACUCUCAUGUAGUAAACAACAGUUCUAGGUAUA